GUGAAAUAGAAAUAAUAAAUAUGUAAACCAGAAAAAACAUUUAAUGACACGCACUCAAUUAUGAUGACUUAUAACUCGACUGCCUUAGAUGACUUAGACUUCUGCAACUCUACAAUAUGUGGACUAGAGGCUUUUAUCAUUGGUGUCAUUGGUAUUGUUUGUUUUAUCCUAUCGUUUGUUAUGUGUUGUGUUGCACAUUAUAAAAGAUAUAGACGUAAUGCAUCGUUUGUUGUCAGAGAGGAGAAGUACGUCAACACUAUUGAAAAUGGAAAGGAAAAUUCUUCCUUGAAUUACGGAUAUGAUGUUACUUAUACUUAUAAGGAGCCACAGUAUGAAGAAAUAGGGCGCUAUGAUAAGGACCCAACUCAGAGAGAAAAGGGACUUCAAUCAUCCCCCUACGCUAAUGCUGAAUCAUGUCAUAUAAGUAUUCAUAGCGGUGGUCAGACAAAACAGCAAACAGUUUCGAAGAAAUCUUUAGAAUAUGAUUACGUUGACGUUAAUGACAUUGAGGGAAAAUUACAAAGACAAAUAGUUCGGAAUUCCAAUGAACGUUGUUAUAUCAACAAACAAUUUGCUGAUGAUAACGGAACAAACGACACAUCUAAAGGGAUGUCAAAUAAGAGGUAUGCCAAUUCGAAUGUGUCAUGCGACAAAUCAACUUCUAACAUAUAUGAAGAUGAUAGACAAAAUGGGAAAGGAAAUAAAGCACGUGACCAAUUCAUCACUGAAAUGAACAAAAAACUUGCCCAGAAGAAAAAUCCACGUAACGGUGUCCAAACAAAAAACAACAGGAAUGACAAUGGUUGUAAUUAUUCGGAAACUGACGCAGAAUAUGAAGACGCUUCAAGCGCGAUACGGAACAUGUCGUCUCCAAAUAAUAAUCCCGUCCCUAAACCGAAAACUUAUAAUAGUAGGGAUAAUAGAUGUCAUCCUGGAAAAUUUCAUCAAGCAACUCUCCAAAACGUACAAUCAGUCAGCAUGUUUUCCCUCUCUACAUGCCAUCAUCCGGAUUCCAAUGAUAAACGAGCGAGUGCUGCGUAUGAUAGCGAUUCUACUGAAUCAUUAAAUGGCCAACAAUCUUCCGAUUCCUCACUUUCAGACGAUCCAUUUAUGAAAAUGAAACAAAUUAUUCACCAAGAUUCGGGAAGUAUAACCGUCACUUACAACAAAAUCAGAAAUGUCAUUGUAAAUAAGACUUGAAUUUCAUCAUGACCGUGCUCUUCAAUGUCUAUCUCUAUGUUCUGCCUCUACAUUUAUGAAUUGUAGUUAAAAUUCUGUAUUAAACUAUACAAUGUACUUUAUUAUCAUUAUACGCUUCGAUUGAUAUAUACCAACAGUUUACGAAAAUUUCAUCAAUCCUUCGAUUGAAUGUCAAACUUUUAAUAUCCAAUUAAUUGUAAUCACCUCAAAAAGAUCCCAAAUUAACUUUCACGUUAACAUAAACUUGCAUAUUACUAUUUGCUCAACAUAUAGGAAGGUCAACAGAAGACUUGGAACAGGAAUCUAUUUCAAUGUAAAAUUCAUUUUCUACAUGAAAUGCACUUUUCGACAAUAAAUGGUCCUUCAGUGAUGUUCAACCCAAUAGGAUAAUGAGGUAUGAUCGCCAAUGAAACAACUGGUCAACAGGGUCCAACUCGGUGGGGAGAUCUAAGCAACUUAGAGUCGCAUAACGGUCCUCAACAAUUUGAGUAAAACUCUUACCUCGUAGUCUGCAAUUAAAUUCCCCGACAUGAUUAAUUGUGACUGAAUUCAAAUGAAA